UCGUUUCGUUCUCCUCUUUUCUCCUGAUUUUUGUCACCUCACGUGUCACCUCUGCAGAUGGCUUUCACUCCGGUUUAAAACUCGUUCUGCGCGGCUAACACGCUUGUACGGUGUCUACAACUUUCAUUCGUCCGCAAGCUGUUCUUUCCCUUUCGCCUGACGCUUGAACUGUUUCUCAGGCCACGUGUCCCUGUCCUCGUAUACUGGUUCUGCGCUUUCUUCCUUCAAAGUAGUGGAGUCCUAAGCCAAUAAAUUCGAGUUAAAGCAAGGAACACUCACGUUUUUACACGAUCAAGUUGAAAGUAGAAGCAGUUCUUCGGUAUUCUUCUUAACGCCCUUUCCCGCGGUGUAUUGAAGAUGGCUUCAUUUCGGAGGUUCGCUGUGUCUAUAGACUCAGUGGCAAAGGAGGGCGUUUCGCUCUCAAUUCGAUUCUCAAAAAGCUAGCACACCGCGCGCAGUCGAGAUUUCUCGAGUUCUACGCAUCAUAUGUCCACGCGCCGCUCUAGAGAAAACCGUUUCGCUUUCCUAGGGCACGCGCCGCCUGUUUUGAGAUGCGCAUCAUCCUCUCAUCCAUGCCGCGCAGCUGCGCGCCCCAUUAUUGUUACCAUUAUUUUUCUCCCGAGUCGCGCAGGCGGUCACGCGACGGGGACACCCCAGCGUACUUCCGCCGCGCACGCCCCGCCGCAAAAUGACUCGCCUGUACGCGCAUGCGAUUCUGUCGGCGAGAUCGCGCACAAGCCGCACGCCUAUCUGUUCGGAAAAACACCUCUCUCUCUGGCGCCUGGCACAAGUUCAAUAGCUGCCUGCCUGGGGUUUUCUGUCCUUGACGGUGACGUCACACGGUCACACCAUAGGCCGACAGGUCGUGGGCUGCUAAAAAGGAAGCCGCUGUGCCGCGCGCACAACCCUGCAAUUUCAGUUCGCCUACUUCGCCGGCACGUAAAGUGAAGCGCGCAGCCGGCGGCGGGCGCGCGGUUUUUGUUUCGUUUUAGAUUUCGCAUUUAUUUUUUUGUUCUCUCGUCUCGUAGAAGAGGGAAAGGAGGUCAGAACCGUGUCUGCCGCGUUGGCUGCUGGCUGGCUGGCUGCGCCGCAUCCUUUCCGGCGAUCGUACUACUACGACAUCACUUUCAUCGGUUUCGCGCAUUCCGCUGAAAGCAUUUUCAGACGUUGCGCGGUACCGUUUCUUCGAAACUGAUAUGAUAACUGACUCCGAGCGAAUCGCCUCUCGCUAAAGCAAGCACGUUCAACAAAAACAGCGGUGGCCGACAUUCAAAGGAAUGCAGUCGGAUCCCCAGGGGUUAAUUCAGUUGUGUGCUAGCCUAUAUGACCCUCUAACCUCAGAAAUUCAUGUCAAAGUCAUUGAAUAUUUGCAAAGGACAACACAGUGUGAAAAUGCUUUCAUUCUUUUGAUAUCUGAUGAUCAAGAUGAACUGACAUGUAAGGUGGUUGGUGAAAGAGUGCUAGAAGAGCCAGCCAAGCUUUUGGUCUCAAGCAAUAGCUUCAGCUGUGCAUUGUCUGAACGGCGGCCCAUCUCUUUGGAUGACAUACAUCACGACCACCGAGAGGAAGUUAGUCGCUUGAUAGGCUCUGUGUUACACUCGCUGCUCUGUGUGCCUGUGCUGCACCCAAAGUACACUGACCGUGUGGUCAUGCUGCCCUGUGUGGUCAACAAGACUAAUGGCAAGGACUUCACUAAACGUGAUGAAGCUGUGGUGCGCGAGUGCUUUCAGUGCAUCACGCCCUGCCUUCUCAAGACAACUGCAUACGAGGAGGAACGUAGGCUCAGGGAAGAGUGCCAGUCGCUCCUGUCAGUGGCGAAGAACCUCUUCACGCAUCUUGAUGAUGUCACAGUCCUGCUGAGGGAAAUUAUGGCCGAUGCCCGCAAGCUCACCAAGGCAGAAAGAUGUUCACUGUUCCUUCUGGACAAAGAGCAAAAUGAGCUUGUCGCCAAAGUAUUUGAUGGGCAUCUCGCAGAAGACGGUUCUGAGGCAAUGACAGAAGUCCGAAUACCUGCCGACCAAGGCAUUGCAGGGCAUGUUGCCACUAGUGGUGAGGUGCUGAACAUCACUGAUGCCUAUGCUCAUCCUCUGUUUUACCGCAAAAUGGACGAAACAACGGGCUUCAGAACAAGGAACAUCCUGUGCUUUCCCAUCAAAGAUGAUUCUGGAGUAAUCGGUGUGGCAGAACUCUGCAAUAAAAUAAAUGGCAAGUGCUUUACCUUCUUUGAUGAAGAGAUGGCCAAGGCGUUCUCAAUAUACUGUGGCAUCAGCAUCAUGCAUUCUUUAAUGUGGAAGAAAGUGCGCGACGCACAGCACCGGAGCAAACUGUCCAACGAGCUCAUGAUGUACCACAUGCUGGUGUCCAGCGAGGAUGUGAAGCAAUUGGUGAACAGUGAGGUGCCUCCGCUAACGUCAUUCAGUCCGGACUUUGCAAAGUUUUCAUACACUCCACGCAUUAUUCCAGACAAAACUACGCUUGUAGUUGUGAUAGCCAUGUUUGAGGACCUUGGCUUUAUCAGCAGAUUCAAAAUCCCCAGGGAUUCACUGGCAAAAUUCGUGCUUAUGGUGAAGAAAGGAUACCGUGACCCUCCUUACCACAACUGGAUGCACGCUUUUGCAGUAGCCCAUUUCUGCUACCUGCUUCUCAAGAAUCUCUCUCUUAUUGGGCCUUACCUCACUGAACUAGAAGGCCUUUCGCUGUUUGUGGCGUGCCUUUGCCAUGAUCUUGACCAUCGAGGAACAAACAACUCUUUUCAGCUCACUUCUAAAUCCAUCCUGGCAUCAUUGUACAGUUCAGAAGGAUCAGUCAUGGAGCGCCACCACUUUGCCCAGGCAAUGGCAAUACUGAACACAGAUGGGUGUAACAUCUUUGAGAACCUUUCUAGACAGGAGUACACUGAUUGUUUAGAUCAGAUGCGUGACAUCAUCUUGGCCACAGACCUUGCUCACCACUUCCGGAUCGUUCAAGAGCUCAAGCUAAUGGUGGAUGAAGGCUACAACUAUGACAAUCGCAAGCACCACAAUCUUCUCACGAGCAUGCUGGUCACGUGCUGCGAUCUCUCGGACCAGACAAAAGACUGGAAGAGCUCAAAGAAGAUAGCUGAGCUCAUCUACAACGAGUUCUUUUCCCAAGGAGAUCUGGAGAAAGCGAUGGGUGUGAAGCCGAGUGAAAUGAUGGAUCGUGAAAAGGCAUAUAUCCCCGAGCUGCAGAUCCACUUCAUCCAGACCAUUGUCAAGCCCAUUUUUGACCUUCUGGCCGAGAUGUUCCCAGCUGCACGAGAGACUGCAGAAGCGGUGGACAACAACAAGAUGUACUGGGAGAGAGUCAGUGACAUCUGUAGACGACGGUAUGCCAACAGCGCCUCUUCGCUGGACCUUUUCGAGGAUGAGAAACUUGAGAAGGAAGUGCUGCGAUGCUUGGAGAAGAUAGAAGAACACGAGUGAUCAUAGGCAACUAGGAAAAACCACCAGUUUGACAAGUCAAAAUGGCCAGUCCAGCACUAGCCGGAAGCUGAUGCACUUCCCCGUGCUCUGCCCUCAAAAUCAAAACACUUUGCCCCCCGCUCCCCCCCCCCUGCAUCGUGGGGCACAAAGAAGAGACGUCCAUGCCACCAGUGUCGUUAAACCUCCUCGCACCAGGAGCACACACGCCCACUCCCUUACCACUGCAUUCCAGACAAGCGGUUGCACUUGCGGCACUGCUACUCCCACGAUAGGUAUGCGCGGCAGGCCUAUACCGUGACCGUCUGCCAUGGAGUCACGGCAGCGGGACCAAGCCACGGAAAAAAGAAGGAAAGCCUGGGACACUUAAGUCAUCCCUGCUGGUCUUGGACUGCUUUAGAGAAGCCAUGCCAUGCACUAGUACUCAUUUGCAGCACUUGCUCUUCUGCUUUUUAAGGAAGUCCUGGUGCUUGUUGUUGUUUGUACUAUUCUUCUGUUCUCAGUAAUUUGCCAGAGAAGGGAUGGGAGGGAGGCACGAUUGUCCCCUCAUUAUGGUCACGCCACUUACUUGCCACCCUCCAGAUAAUUUCUGUCACCAUCGCCCAUUGUUAUUUAUAAUUCCUUGUACAUAUUGUGUAUAUUACGAGUUUUUGUUUCCCAUCUCUUUCACCUAAGUGUCCACGCGCUUGUCGCCGCCUGGCAAGUGUCACAUGGUGCUGUGCUUUAUGAAGGAAAGAAAACAAACAAACAAUGCCGCUGUUUCUUUUGUGUCAGUUGAAAGGCAGCUGGCUCUCCCUCAAGGCAGAGGCUUGUUGGCCUGUGAGGCUGACAACCUUGCAAGUAGCACACCCUAAAUGAGGUACUGGAAAACGACACAGAUGCUUCGUCAGCAAUACCAGUUUUUUAGACCCAUUUUGCACACACACACACAUUCUACAUUGAGCCCCCCUCCCCUCACACCCCCUGUGUGUGCCCACCACCUUUUAGGCAUUGCAAUCACUCUUUGUCAAUGUUGUCCCAGCCAAUUCGCCAAGGCUCAACACGCGUGAAGUACAGAGACUGCAACACACACCUUGCUCAUUGUAACUAUAGUUGUCUCGGUAGAGUUUGCACUUUCCUUCUGUUGUGCCUCUUCUAUUGGACAGAAUCGGUAGCUACGUAUCGUCGCUUACCACCAGUUGCACUUCCAGUUGCUUCAGAACCUGUCCAGAGCUGGUGCAUCCGGUGAGAUGGAACUUGCUGUGUACAGUGCAUUUAUGGGAGCACCAAUUAUAUUUUCAUGUGUAGUAGUUUGCAGCAUUUCUAGGCUUCUGCAAUGUGAGGUUGUCUGGUUAACACCUUCGACAUGUCUCCUCGAAUUCAUUGUCGUGAACACACAAUUCUCGAGAAGAACGAUAGAUGAGCAAGACCGGUGUUCCUGGUUUGUUAUCUUCUUGCACAAGCACAGCGGCAUGCAGUUUCUGCAGGCUAGAACACACACACAAGUGCAAGGCAAGAUAUUCCACUUCAUUUAACAUGUUCAUGUGUUCAUCACUUCUCUGUACAAAGUUUGGAGAAAGGAUAAGAUCCUCAGGGUUUGUUUCACAAAACUCGCAUAUAAAUAUUAUAUAUAAAUAUAUAAAUAUUAUAUAUACAUAUAUUGAGAGAUUUUAAGUGUCAAUAAAUGUUGUGCGUACAUGUUCCCUG